AUGGCCAUGCAUUGGGGCUGCCUGGUCGCAUCGUGCCUGGCGCUGGUCGAAUCCCAGAAGGUGGGCGUGACCUUUCGCAACGAGAUGGACGUCGACGCGGAGCUGGCCUGGGUGCAUCCGGAGACGAAGGAAGCGACCGGCGUCGGCCGCGUGCCGGCCUACGGCGGCGAGCUCCACCAGGACACCUGGGCGGGCCACACGUUCACCUACGACCAGGGCGAGGUCACGAUCCGCGGCGACCGCACGUUCUAUAGUCUGACGAAGACGGGCACGGUGCGCGUCGCCUGCGGCACGACCGUCGGGACCAUAGGAAUCAGCGUGUUCCCGGACUGGGCGCCGCGCGGCGCGGGGCGAUUCUUGGAGUUGGUGCGGCGCAAGUACUUCGACGGCGCGGCGAUCAACCGCGUCGUGCCGCGGUUCCUCGCGCAGUUCGGCAUCUCCAAGGACUACGAGACGCGCACGCGGUGGCGCACGGCGAACAUCCCCGACGACCCGAAGCAGCGCAUCCCCUUCGAGGCGGGCAUGAUCGCCUACGCCGGCUCCGGGCCCGACAGCCGGUCGACGGAGAUGUUCUUCGUGAUGCCGGACACGCCGAAGCACCAGCUCGACCACUUCGGGACGAACCCGUGGGAGACGCCGUUCGCGGUCUGCGACCCGGGCGCGGUGCGCGACGUGCUGCCCAAGCUCGCGAACCCCUACGGCGACAUGCCGCCCUGGGGCAACGGGCCGGACCCGCAGAAGAUCUACCGGCGCGGCGGCUACGACGACUACCUCGCGGCCGACUUCCCGGAGCUCGCCUACUUUACGGAGUGCGCCGUCGACGAGGCGCCCAUGCCCGCCGUCGGGCCGGACCUUUAG